AUGGCCUCGCCGGCUGAUAGCUGUAUCCAGUUCACCCGCCAUGCCAGUGACGUACUUCUCAACCUUAAUCGCCUCCGGAGCCGGGACAUCUUGACUGAUGUUGUCAUAGUGGUGAGCCGAGAGCAGUUUAGAGCCCAUAAGACAGUCCUCAUGGCCUGCAGUGGCCUGUUCUACAGCAUCUUCACAGACCAGUUGAAAUGCAACCUUAGUGUGAUCAACCUGGAUCCUGAGAUUAACCCUGAGGGGUUCUGCAUCCUCCUGGACUUCAUGUACACAUCUCGGCUCAACCUGCGGGAGGGCAACAUUAUGGCCGUGAUGGCCACAGCUAUGUACCUGCAGAUGGAGCAUGUCGUGGACACUUGCCGGAAGUUUAUCAAGGCCAGUGAAGCAGAGAUGGUUCCUCCCAUCAAGCCUCCCCGUGAAGAGUAUCUGAACAACAGAAUGCUGAUGCCCCAAGACAUCAUGGCCUAUCGGGGCCGUGAGGUGAUGGAGAACAACCUGCCACUGAGAAACCCCCCUGGGUGUGAGAGCAGAGCCUUCGCCCCCAGCCUGUACAGUGGCCUGUCCACACCGCCAGCGUCUUACCCCGUGUACAGCCACCUCCCCGUCAGCAGCUUCCUCUUCUCCGAUGAGGAGCUGCGGGAUGCCCGGAUGCCUGUGGCCAACCCCUUCCCCAAGGAGCGGACCCUCCCUUGCGAUAGUGCCAGGCCAAUGCCUGGGGAGUACAGCCGGGUGGCCAUGGAGAUGCCCCCAAGUGUGUGCCACAGUCUCUACUCACCCAAGGAGGUGGCCCCAGAGGAGGCACGGAGUGACAUGCACUACAGUGUGGCCGAGGGCCCCAAGCCAGCUGCCCCUUCAGGCCGGAAUGUUUCAUACUUCCCCUGUGAUAAAUCUGGCAAGGAGGAAGAGAGACCCUCCUCAGAGGAUGAAAUCGCCCUGCACUUCGAGCCCCACAAUGCCCCCCUAAACCGGAAGGGUCUGGUUAGUCCCCAGAGCCCCCAGAAGUCCGACUGCCAGCCCAACUCUCCCACAGAGUCCUGCAGCAGCAAGAACGCGUGCAUCCUUCAGACCUCUGGCUCCCCUCCAGCCAAGAGCCCCACCGACCCCAAAGCCUGCAACUGGAAGAAAUACAAGUUUAUUGUGCUCAAUAGCCUCAACCAGAAUGCCAAGCCUGAGGAGCCCGAGCAGGCCGAGCUGGCCCGCCUUUCCCCUCGGGCCUAUCCUGCCCCACCGGCCUGCCAGCCACCCAUGGAGCCGGAGAACCUUGACCUCCAGUCUCCAGCGAAGCUCAGUGCCAGUGGGGAGGACUCCACCAUCCCACAGGCCAGCCGACUCAAUAAUAUCGUCAACAGGUCUCUGACAGGCUCCCCCCGCAGCAGCAGCGAGAGCCACUCACCCCUCUACCUUCACCCUCCGAAGUGCACGUCCUGUGGCUCUCAGUCCCCACAGCACACGGAAAUGUGCCUCCACACCACCGGCCCCACGUUCCCGGAGGAAAUGGGAGAGACCCACUCUGAGUACUCGGAUUCCAGCUGUGAGAAUGGGGCCUUCUUCUGCAAUGAGUGUGACUGCCGCUUCUCUGAGGAGGCCUCGCUCAAGAGGCACAUGCUGCAGACUCACAGUGACAAACCCUACAAGUGUGACCGCUGCCAGGCCUCUUUCCGCUAUAAGGGCAAUCUUGCCAGCCACAAGACCGUCCAUACAGGUGAGAAACCCUAUCGUUGUAACAUCUGUGGGGCCCAGUUCAACCGACCGGCGAACCUGAAAACCCACACUCGAAUUCACUCUGGAGAGAAGCCCUACAAAUGUGAAACCUGCGGAGCCAGAUUUGUACAGGUGGCUCACCUCCGUGCCCACGUGCUUAUCCAUACUGGCGAGAAGCCCUAUCCGUGUGAAAUCUGUGGCACCCGUUUCCGGCAUCUGCAGACUCUAAAGAGCCACCUGCGAAUCCACACGGGAGAGAAACCUUACCAUUGCGAGAAGUGUAACCUGCAUUUCCGUCACAAAAGCCAGCUGCGUCUCCACUUGCGCCAGAAGCACGGCGCCAUCACCAACACCAAGGUGCAAUACCGCGUGUCUGCCACCGACCUGCCCCCAGAACUGCCCAAGGCCUGCUGA